AUGACGCUGAUCCAGCUGCCUGAUCCGACUACACAGCUUCCUCGCGAAAAGAGCAUACCUAAAGCCAAAGAGCCAACCAAAUGGGAACUAUUCGCUGCCAAGAAAGGCAUCAAGAAGAAGGGCAAGGACGGAAAGCUUGUGUACGACGAGAAAACCGGCAAAUGGGUCAACAAAUGGGGCUACAAGGGAAAGAACAAGGAGGUCGAGUCGGACUGGCUGGUCGAGCUUGACGACAAGAACGUGGGCACCGAGAACGAGCUCAUUGAUCCGCGUAAACUGAGCAGAAUGGAGCGCAAAAAGCUGGUGAAGAAGAACGAGCUGCAGAUGAAGCGUAAUCGCGAGAAAAAAUAG